CGUGGCUCCCGCGGGGGCUUCCUCGGGGAUGUGGACCCCGGCUCUCACGGUCCCUAGCGCGACCACCUCCUUCCCGCCCACGCUAGUCACUGCCCACUCUACUGGGCUGCUCUUCCCCGAGGGCCCGAGGCCUGGCUCUGGCUCCAGCAUGCCGUGGCGGAGUCCUCACGCUAGAACUCUGUCCCUGUGAAGACCCCAGCGGGGACUCCAGCCCCGCCACCAUGAACGGGACCCUGAUCCCACACACGCCCAUUGCCGUGGACUUCUGGAGCCUGCGCCGGGCCGGCUCCGCGCGGCUCUUCUUCUUGUCCCACAUGCACUCGGACCACACGGUGGGCCUGUCCAGCACGUGGGCGCGGCCCCUCUACUGCUCCCCAAUCACCGCCCACCUCCUGCACCGUCACCUACAGGUGUCUAAGCAGUGGAUCCGAGCCCUGGAGGUUGGUGAGAGCCAUGUAUUACCUCUAGAUGAAAUUGGCCAAGAGACCAUGACUGUAACUCUCAUCGAUGCCAAUCACUGCCCUGGUUCUGUCAUGUUUCUCUUUGAAGGAUACUUUGGAACAAUUCUCUACACAGGUGAUUUUCGAUACACGCCAUCCAUGCUGAAGGAGCCAGCCCUGUCAGUGGGGAAACAGAUCCACACUUUAUACCUGGACAACACCAAUUGCAACCCAGCCCACGUUCUUCCUUCCCGACAGGAAGCUGCACAACAAAUUAUCCAUCUCAUCCGAAAGUACCCACAACAUCACAUAAAGAUUGGACUCUACAGCCUGGGAAAAGAAUCACUACUGGAGAAACUGGCCCUGGAGUUUCGGACCUGGGUGGUAUUGAGUCCUCGGCGUCUGGAGUUGGUACAGCUCCUGGGCCUGGCAGAUGUAUUCACGGUGGAUGAAAGGGCCGGCCGCAUCCAUGCUGUGGACCAUACGGAGAUCUGCCAUUCUGCCAUGCUUCAUUGGAACCAGACCCACCCUACCAUUGCUAUCCUUCCCACGAGCCGGAAGAUCCGCAGCCCCCACCCUGACGUCCACAUCAUCCCUUACUCUGAUCAUUCCUCCUACCCUGAGCUGCGUGCCUUUGUUGCAGGGCUGAGGCCUUGCCAGGUGGUGCCCAUUAUCAGUCGACAGCCCUGUGGAAACUACUUCCAGGACAGCCUGAGUCCUAGGCUGCCUGUCCCCCUCAUUCCAGACUCUGUGCAGCAAUAUAUGAGCGCUUCUAGGAAGGCGAGCGUGUUCUGGCUGUUAGAAAGGAGGCCAAGGAAGCCAAGGAUCCCAGGGGUUGUGUUUGAAUCUCCGGAGAAAAGUGCUGAUAGAGACACAAAGAAGCACAAGAAAGAAAACCUUUUCUCCUGGCCUGGAGACCUUGAGAAGCUCUCCCUCUGUCCUUGUCCUUUGCAGGCCAAGAAGCAGUUACUCCCAGACUUUGGCUGCAAAGAAUGGGAUGAGCCAGUCUCUUUCUGUGAGUCUCAGGAGGUAGUGACUGCGUUGACUUCCCCCUUAGGCUUUUCGGUACAGUUAAAGUCUACAGAUGAGGAGUGUAUCUCUCCAGAAACCACAGAAGAAAUUGGCUUAAAGUCCACUUUGAUAUCUAGAGAUGAUGGCUCCCCAGAUUUGGGGAACCAAGAUGCGCAGGUCAACCAGGAUGUCCCCCUAUCUCAUAGUAGCAAGGCCAUUCCUGUUCUAGCUACUGAGUCCGGGGAUCUGGCACUCAAAUACCUUCUGACUCCAGUGAAUUUUUUCCAGGCAGGGUUCUCUUCCCGGAGCUUUGAUCUACAAGUAGAACAAUUCCAUAAACUCUUACUGAAGCACAAACCAGAAAGUGCAACCUGACAGUCAUGUUGGAUCCAGCAUUACAUUUUGAAGGCAGUGGCUAGUGGCCAGCGGCAAGAGUUUUACACCUUAUAUAUGUUUACAGAAGUCUCAGAAUCACCUUGACCAGAGCUUGUUCAUUGGAGUCUUAGUGCCUGUCAAAAAUCUUUAGUUCUAUAGUUAACUCUGUUUAAGAAACACACUUCGCCAGGCAUGGUGGUGCAUGCCUUUAAUCCCAGCACUCGGGAGGCAGAGGUAGGAGGAUUGCUGUGAGUUCGAGGCUACUCUGAGACUACAUAGUGAAUUCCAGUUCAGCCUGGGCUAGAGUGAGACCCUACCUCAAAAAAAAAACGAAAAAAAGAAACACACUCCAUCACUGCAUUAUAAACUCCUCGGAGUGCACGUUAAAAGGUUCAGGUUCGCGCUUGCUUCUGCAGCACACAUACUAAGAUCGGAACAAUGUGGAGAUUAGCAUGGCCCCUGUGCAAGGAUGACACACGAAUUUGUGAAGCAUUCCAGAUUUUUCAUAAGAAAGGCCAAGGUUCUUACCAUUGUUACUCUGUGUGUUGUAUGCCAUGUCCCACAUCCCCUUAUUUCUCUCCCCCACAUCCUCGGGGAGUUGUUUUCAUUUUUCAAACUGGUGCUGGAGGACAAAGUGAUGUCCCAAUCUUGAAUGUCACUGACUUGCUGUGACCCUAUCCAAGUGACUGCCCGUUUCCGCCUCUGGGUGGGAACAGGAAAUGAUGAAGCAGCCUUGGAACAGUGUUGGAAAAAUCCCACCUUCUGCCUCACUGAGCAACUGGGGGGCAGUUGGUAUCACUGGGAGCCCAUUUUGAACAAAGCCAUGUGGGGGGUUGGGCACCUCUCACCAAGGCAGUAUCUAAAUGGAUUCUGAACAUUAGGGCUUGGAGUGUGACAAGGCUACUGGUUGCUUGAAGGCAUUGACUCUUUGGUUAAAAUAAAGCUAUAAAAGAUCAAGUGUGCUGCCAGAUACUCCUCUGAUUGUUCACAUAGCUGGGAUAUUUUUGCUUCCUCCUCCCCCUUGGUUUGAGUUAGCAAGGCAGAGCACACCGCCUGUUUGUUUUAGUAUCCAGGGAAGUGACCAAGAAACCGGCUGGAAGGAGUGGGGGUAAGAAGUUCUGCCCAGGCCUGCUCAUAACCUGACAGAAUGCCAAAGCAGUAAGCAGGACAGCUGAUUCCAUGGUCCUAGAAAAUGUGCUGUAGAGGGCACAGGCGUGUGGACCUGGGCAUGUGGCUCAAACUGCUUCAGUCUGGAGCCCUGAGCCUUAGCGAUGAAGGGGAGAAAAUUGCUACUUGGUGAGGAAGAAAUGAGGAGUUUUUGGAAAGCAAAAUAAAGCUUUACUCUUGGACAAACAA